AUGCAAGGAUUUGGUCCAUCUCCAAGUGUGGGAAUGUCUGCAACUCCGUUCUAUGACAUGGGAAUUUUAGGAAAUGGACAAAUUGUCGGACUCGCAGAUUCUGGAAUUGAUUGGGACAAUUGUUUAUUUAGAGAUGCAAACAAUCCCAUUGUGAAAACCAACAGUAUCAACAUGAAUCAUCGAUGGACAAGACGGAGUGGAAGGGCAUGGAACUCACGUAGCAGUCCUGUGCAAAGUGUGACAGACGACACUUGUCGAGCUUUGUUUGGAAGCGAGAAUUGUUGCUCUAUUUAUAAUCAACAUACUUCUGAAUGUCAAGAUGUGGAUCAAACAUUGUGGGAUUAUCAAGAUAGCGUCAUUCUUUUUGCACAGGGAAAUUCAGGAACAAUGUCUUCGAAAGGAAAUGUUGGAUCUCCUGCAACUGCAAAGAAUUCAAUUGCUGUGGGUGCAAGUAUGACUUCAAAUUCUGCAUUCCAGGAAUCAGUGUAUUAUGAAGAUUUUAAAAGCAUCAUUCAAUAUGCUAACUUUUCAUUCUCAACUCCUGAUGAAUGUUGCGUCUAUACUGGAAGAAAUCAAGAGGUUAUUCUUUUUUUUUGA